AUGCCUGGGCCUGAGGGAGCACCGCGACGGCCUCCAGUGCUCCUCCGCCUUUCCGCACAGAGCUGGAUACUGACAGUCGGCAGCUGGGUUAUGCGCGAGAACAAGGUGCCUUACUGGCAACGCGAGUUCCAGAAGCACGACGGACUGAGGACCUGGGAGAAGGCCCGUGGAAAGUACCUGGUUCCCGGCUUCAAGGUUAUCAUGUUCAGCAGCCUCGGCGCCAGCAUGUACAUGAUGGGCCGUCUCGUCCUUGGACACAAGACCUGGUUCGGCAAGAACUAG